AUGUUCAAGAAGCGAACUGUGAGACAGGAUCAGAACGUUACCAAACGGAAGAAAUUAACAGCGUGUCCAGAGAUUACUGUCGUGGACUCGAAGGCGAACAAAGUCAGCUCAUCGCCUAAGUCAUCAUGCAGCUCAUCGCCUGGCUUAAACGACGCACAAGACACAGACAGUAAAGAUGAAAGUCCGAAACGUGGAAUUUCUGUAGAUUCUAAUGAAGUUCAAGCUUUGAAAACUGUGGAAAAAACCGGAAAUGCUGAAAAAACGGCUACUUCUUCCACUCCCUCGAUAUCGCUUUCAAGUCUGGACCCUGCCCAGAAAAACCAGUCGAAUCUGAAAUCAACACUGUACAUGGACUACCAGCCAGAUGUGUGUAAGGACUACAAACAAACGGGGUACUGCGGCUACGGAGAUAGCUGUAAGUUUCUGCACGCACGAGAUGACUUCAAAUCUGGCUGGAAGCUCAACCAAGAUUGGAAGAUCGAUUUCAGCAAAGAAGAAGUAAAGAAGAUGGAGGAAAUCCCAUUCAAAUGCGUCAUAUGUAAACAGGACUACAAAAACCCUGUGGUAACCAACUGCAAGCACUACUUCUGUGGCGCGUGCUUCGCGAACAGAGCGAAAACUACAACCAAGUGUUUCGUUUGUUCGCAGGAUACAGGCGGAGUGGCUCGCGUUGCCAAGGACCUGCAGAAAAUACUGAAAAAGCAAACGCCUUGA